UAGUUUUCGUACUACUACAAACCAACGCAACACCAGUUGUCAAAAAAACAAAUUUUUUAUUUGGUAGCAGGAGUACGGCAAGAAAUCUCUAGGCCAAUUGUUAGCACUGCUUGGGAAACUACGAAAGCACUAAUAUUUUUAAAAAAGCUAGCUUGAUAAAACAGAAGACUACUGCAGCCUGGUUCUGGCCAGUCGCCAUCUGGGAAUUGAUGAAUUGAACCGUUGAUUACAAUACUGGCAACAGUAUUUUGGCUACUUCUAAAAAGAGCAUGGAAGGUGAACUCUUGUGUCUAAAAUGGAGGGAUCAUUAUUCAUCUCUCUUCAGAACUCUUUCUUCAGUUCGUAAAAAGGAAGUAUAUUGUGAUGCCACUAUUGCCUGUGAUGGAAGAUUUUAUCCUGUACAUAAGUUCGUUCUCUCUACAUGUAGUGACUAUUUUGAACAAAUGUUUGAAGUGGGUGAACAAAAGAAUUUAAUGAUUGUCAUAACUGACAUUGGCUGUGAGGAACUGGAGACACUUCUUGACUAUAUGUAUUUUGGGGAAGUGAAUGUAUUACAGAGUGAUCUUAACACUUUUAUGAAAGCUGCAGAACGCUUGAGGAUUAAAGGACUAGCUGAACCUUCAGACUCUAAUUACACAAGUGACCGUAGUGAGAAAAGAACUAGAACUCAGUAUGAAAACAGUCAAGAAGUAAAACGAAAGAAGUGGCGUGGUGGUGAUGAAGCAUCACAGAAUUCUGAGCAUUCCCAAAAUGUGCCAGAUGGGCAAGCAAAGCAUAGUCCACACAAGAUUACUAAAACAUGCAAGGAAACGACAAAUAAAGAGCUUAGUAAUCAAAGAAAAGAACUUGGAAGUUUUCCAGAAGUUUCCAUUACAGCACCAUUAGAGCCAGCAGAGUUGAGAUCAGAUAUUACUGAAAAUUCAAGUAGUAGAGACUUAGCGCCAGAUGCUCGAAGUGGAGAGAUAAAACUGGAGCCAUUUGUCAAGCCUGAACCAGAAGACUGGCAACCAGUGGAAGCCAUAACAGAUCCAAGCAUAUAUACCUCUGAGCCAACGACACCAUACUUAUCACCUACAUCUGUUAAUGCUUCAGGAAUGUGCAAUAUGAAGGAAAGGGACAUUGGGCAUUCCCAGUCUAGUGAUUUUAUUGGACCUCCACAGCUGUUUCCAGGGCCAUCAGGAUUACAUUCUGCUACAUCAUGGGAUCAAGGAGUGGCUGCAGCUCCAUUGCCAAGUGAAGAAUUUGUUCAGUAUAGAGGGAUGAUAUCCCAUGGUACCAUGAGUCCAAGAAAAACUGGCCGCCCAACAUCUGAUAUUUGGAAUCAUUACAAAACUGAGAAAAGAAAUGGAAAAAACUUUGUGAUAUGUAUUUAUUGUACAACGCAGAAAUAUGGAUAUCCUAAUGCCACUAAAAUGAAAAUUCACACUGCAAAAUGCAAUAAGUGUCCUGAAAAUGUAAGAAAACAGUACAAAGAGGAAUUAGCUCAAACAGUUGCAAAGUCAGAAGCAAGUAAAUCUCUAGCUAUAAAGCAAGUUCCUCCUGUGGAGUCUCAAAGGUAUUCUUAAAAAUUUUCUUGUGAUUAUGUUUCAUAUGAUUAUUUCUCUUUAUAUGAGUAUUUUCCCUCUUAAAAAGAACAAACCAUAUAGUUUACUCAUGCUGUAACAUAAGAGUAUUGUGUGUUGUCUUGGAGUUGAAUUAUUCACUAGACAAUUGUAGACGAGUAUCUUACCACAAAAAUGAACCUUCCAGCCAUCUCUGCCACAUAUUUUCUGCCUGGCUGUCCUAUACAUCUGAGAGAGAAGGUUGGGGGGCCACCAGUACAUAAGCUUAAUGGACCAAGCUCAGAGCAAAGCAUUGGCUAACAGUCAUGUCAUGCUGCACAAGAGACUCAUGUAGGCAAUUGCUCACACAAAUGCUGCAAUCCCAAAGUGAUCAGGAACCACAGGAAGUACUGAUGUAUCUCUAAACCCCUGUGGAGAAACGGGAAGCAUGAGGCCUUGGCAGAGGAAGACCAAAGGUUGUGAGCAAAAGAAGGGAAGACAAGGAGGUUGCAACCUCAUUCUUGCACUACCUUGCUCUGGUUUACACUAUUUUUGAGGACAGUGUUACACUAGGAAUGUGAAGAAACACUGGGUGUAACUGCACCAUUUCGCCAGCAGCAACAGCAAAGCCUUGCUGAUCCAUCUGAAGAGAUCUUUAAAAAAAUUAAUAAAAACACAAGUAUUUCAAUAUCUUCUUUUCUUAAACAGCCUGAUAGUGGUACUAUUCACAACAGAAUAAAGUGCUUUAGUCUUCUCUGAUAUCCAGCAUCUCUGAUUGAGGGUUUCAAAUUGGUUACUUUCUGCAUCCUUCCUCUGGGAUGGCACCAAGAAUUGUAUAGCUUAUGCUUAUGUUGGGCUUAAAUAGUGUCUUCGAUAAGGUUAGUUUAUGCUUAUGAGAAUGCAAACCCUCUUCUUUUACAUGGAAGUAUUUCCCAUCAUGGUUAUUGGUAGAGAGCUUCCACCUAGGAAUCUGUCUGUGUCCAACAAUGUCCACUGCAAUGUUAGUGGCUUAUAGGGCAAGCACUUUCACGCCCUCAAACAAAUGUGGAACCCAUAAGAAAGUUCAGAAGUGGGAUUUAUGUAAAAGAUUUGGUGUACAGGAUACAGUCAAUCCCUCGUAUUUGCAGGGUCAGGGACCACAACUACCUGCAAAUACCAAAAAUGCAUGAUAUCUUGUCAUAGUACCUCCAAAAUGUUUACAACUGCUGACAUUAAUAAUUCGAACACCAAAUACGCACACCUUAAACUAUCAUCCUAAAACAAUUUAAUAUCAUUUCAGUCAUCUUGAAGCAUUACUCAAAGGAAAAAUGAAUGUGUACCAAUUGGAUGGUAGGGAUUCCUCCCCUUCCAUCAGUAGCCAACUACCAAUAUCCAUCUUGUUUUUAGUUAAACGGCCAGCUGCAGCUUUAGCGGAAAGUAAAUCCCUUAUGUAAUGACCAAAGGUUUAGAGUAUACGUAUAUCCAGAUGAUUGACAGUCAAGCCUACAUCCAUCCGGCUAAGUGGGAAACUUCGUAACAGUAAAAGAUUGGGAAUAGCAAGAAUUGUGGAAAUCUUACCUAAUUUACUAUAUUUUCCUUUAUGAAUUGAUAUGUGAAAAUUAGUAAAUCUUUUAUCAUAAAAAAAUAUAUUUAAUCACAAAACAUAAGAUGAAAAUACAGUACUAAUUAGUGAAUAGUAUUGCUCUACAAAAAAAUUCACGAAUUAGUCAAUUUUCAGUGAAAUAUUUGGAAACAUGUUCCACAGUAAAAUCCGUGAAUAACUGAUGCUAUGAAUGAUGAACCAUGAUCUUAACAUUGGGUUACCUAAGGUUGCAAAUGUCAUUUGUAAUGCAGUUGGGAGGUUGUGGUAGGAUACCUGCUGAAGAGAUUAAAUCGAAAGUAUUUUCUUGCAUCUGUCUAGUGAACGGUUCUACUCUUGGCUACAAGGUCUGGAGGACAUGUCGGAGCAUAAAUGAGUAUUUUUCUUUGGCUUUAUUUGAGCCUCCACUUUCAUUAAAAUAUUUAGUGUAAUAAAUUCAUGUAUUCACAGAAAUUGCAUCAGAUUUUGCAGCAAGUAUAUUGUAUAUCAAGAAGACCAUAAAGGAAUUACUUCUUGGAAAGUCUUGUUUGUGUAUAGCUGAAAUUAUUUGAGACAUGUACUGUAUUAUCUUUCCUCAGUGUAUUACAUGUCAGUUUUGAAGGUCAGUGUUAUAUUAUUAUUUAAUGCAAUUUUAACAUUUAAUGUUAUAUUGGUUCCAUUUUUACAUUAUUAUUUUUCAUGCAAAAAUCAAUGCAUUAUCAUUACAUUAAUCAUUUUCAUGGAUAAAACAAUGUGAACCGUAAAUGGUUUACCUUAAUAAAAAGUAAUGAUUGUAC